AUGAAUGAUUUUGCCUGUUCUACAUUAACUAAAGGAGGAGGAAAGGGAGCUUAUUGCUUGUGGCUAAAAAAUGGAUUUACAAUUUUGCACACAUCUUGGUUAUUUAAAAUUUCAAAAUCAACAACAUCUCGUUAUUUAAUAACAUGGACAAACUUUCUAUAUUUUUCUUUGGGAAGUGUACCUAUAUGGCCUUCACGUGAACAAAAACCUUCAUCACUGAGACACCAGAGUUCUUUAUUUUCUAGUUAUAAACAUCAUGUAACUUACAAAGGAUUGUUAGGUAUUUCUCCUUCAAGAGCAAUAACUUUUAUAAGUCAACUUUAUGAUGCAUCUAUUUCUGACAAAGAAAUUGUUGUAAGAUCAGGUUUCCUUAAUAAAGAACUAUGGAACAAAAAUGAUUCAGUUAUGGCUGAUUAUGGGUUUACCAUUUCAGACCAUUUAAACACAAUCAAUGUUAAAAUAAAUAUACCAUCUUUUUUAAAUGGACAACUACAGCUAAGUAAAGAAGAUGCUACAGAAAGUCAAACCAUUGCAUCAUUGAGAAUUCACGUAGAACAUGCUAUUCGUAGGAUUAAAGUAUUUCGCCAAAUAAGUAAUGAAAUUACUUUGGUGUUUCACGGUUCAAUUAACCAACUAUGGACAUUAACUUGUCUUUUAUCCUCUUUAUCAUAUACAAGACCAUUUGGACUUGCAGAUAACCAAAAUAAGUUAGGUUGUAUUACAAUUCCAGUUGUCCUAACUGAAAUAUUGCGAUUUAAUCUAUUUUUCAAAACUUCAAUAAAUUUCUCUCGUGCAUGUGGCUCAUAA